AUGACUUGCCCGGUCCCGCUCCUGCGGAUUCUGCUCCUCAUCUGGGGCUCUUUCCUGGGCAACGGAUCCCCGGCCGCGGCCGUCUUCGACUCCCUGGGCCCCUCGGGGCCCCUGCGCGUCGACCGUCGUCAGAUCGAGCAGCUCCCCGCGCCGCUGCCGGAGCCCUCUUGUGCCCAGCUACGGGCCAUGUGGCGCCAGAUGCACCGGAUGGCCCGCCACAGUCAGCUCACCAACGAGAUCCCGCAGUUCCCGGCGGCCUAUCCGUUCGGCUACGUGGCACCCGACGUGGGCAACAAGGCCGUCUACUUCUACCCAGGGGCCCCCGGCAACUCGAAGGCGGCCUUCGGCAAGAUCGUCCGCAAGCCGGAGCGCGGGCGGACCAAGGUCCGACCCCGUCCCGUGGGCCGCUUCGCGGACACUCCACUUCCUAGGGCGGCCCUCGGCUCCUAUGGGACCCUGGUGCGAAGUCCCGACGAGAAAGAGCACCUCAGGCGGCAGCAGGAGGACCCCGAGUUCGGCGUCUGGGGCGCCUUCCCCGGGGACGCCACGUCGUCGGCCUCCAGAGCCGCGGCCACUGUACUGGCUGAAGACCCGGACUCCCGGACGCCCAGCUUCGACAAGAAACUGGAGUGGUGUCGACGCACGGUCCUCACGCAUCCCUGCAAGACUCACCAGGACUGCUUUUGCCCACGAACCAAAUUCUUCUGCUCCGCCGGCAGGUGUCGCUCAUCGCCCGUCAGGAAAGACACAAUAAUCGUCUGCGGUUUGUGCUAG